CGCACAGCCAAACAAAAAUACAGGGGAAGAUGUCAACGGCCCAGCACUCCGUUGUACUUUGAAUCGCUGCAAUCGUACAACGCGUAGUCGACAGAGACAUGGACAAUCUAGACGAUGUCCUGGUUAAUGUGCUUGAGAAGCGCCUGGGGCGAGCUGUCUGGGAAAAAAUAACAAGUUUGAAUCACUUGGAUCCUAGAAUGCUGGAUGCUUUAUGUGAUGAGUUGGUGCAGGAAGUGAGUCUCUCCAAAGAGAUGUCAGAGUUAAAGAAUAGCUUUCUUCAUCAGGAUGGUGAAGUAUUCAGUUUGGAGAAAGCAUCUAACAAACCUCACGACACAGCUCUAUGUGAAGACGAUUUCAAGUGGAGGAAUAAUGAUAGUGCAUGUUCCAGUGCAAAUGUGAGCCCAAGGAAUGAACGCUCUGCUAAUGUUUAUAAGCGUGGAAGAACUGGCAAUCAUAGUUCUGGUCAGCGCAUGCAUGCCUUGGAAGUGCUUCUUAGGGUUCCAGUGAGUGAGAUUGUGGGUUCUGCAAACUGGCCCCAACUUCAACAAGAACUCUGUGAAAGCUUGAGAGAUGACAACUGGCUAGUGUUCAUGCAGGUUCUAAAAGUUCUCGCAAGAAUUUCAUCCUCUGCGUCCUUUGGUCCAGUUAGUGAGGGGUUCCUCAGUCUUCUAGAGGGUCUAACGCUGUACUAUCUAACCAGACACCUGCACCAAGAGUUACCGAGUGCUCUACAUGGGCUUGAGUUUGAUAAUGCUGUGCACAUACGAAUCAUAUUAAUUUCUCAGUGUCUUCUUCAGAUUUUAAACGAAGUUCCUGGAAAGUGGAUUCGGUAUGGUGAGAAACGCUCCCAAGAAAUUGUUGAUAAUUUUAUAGAUCUGUUAUCCAUGCAUACACAUCACCAUAGAUCACUCACAACUGAUCAGAGCAAAGAUGUCUUAUAUCCAUUUCAUAUAUUUUCUGUCUUGGACCCAGAGGCAAAGUGGUGUGCAAGCGUCAUGCAUGCAGCAUUUGGCAGAAAUAUCCUUAUGAAAUGCAUAUUAAAGUCAGCAAGCCUCAUACGAUUCAUACUGGAAGAAAUAUUAAUUUGGUUGAAGAGUCAAAUUAAGUUAUCAGAGGGUGUAACUGCUGUUUAUGAGUACGGAAAAAAUGGGAAUAUGAAUGUUAAUAUGAUCAACUUGACAGUAUUUCUUCACUGCAUCUCUCUUUUAGAGUUAUUUGUGAAUAGUGACAAGGGCUACCUGUUGUUUCCUGUCUUAACGAGUAUUCAUGAAGAAGCUGUUUCAGUGUACUCAGUGCUUCUAAAACUAUUAGAAUUCCUCAAUAAGAUUGCUUGUGAGCCUAGAACAAGGCAUAGUCAAAAGUUAGUGCGAAUGUUGGAAAAAAUUUGUGCUUCCCUCAUUGUUAGUCGAUGUUCUCGCAUUCUUCAUGGUAGUAGUGCAGAACUACUUCAUUUACUUUUAGAGGCAUCAAAUAGAGUUGAUAAUUCAGCACUUCAUAUUCACAACAUCAAUAUUUUAAACAAAAUUUCAGAAUGUCCUGCAGCAGUGAAAUGGAUGUUGGGACGACCCAUAAGAAGGUCUCGGGAGGGAAUCUCUCGAUUGUCAUUAUCUUCAGCAAGUAGUUCUAGUGGUAGAGAGAGCAUUCUCACCAAUCGUACUGCUUGUAUUGCUAGAAGAAUUGCUAAGGCAACCACAGUUGCUGUGCGAGAUAGAAACAGAUUCACCUCUGAGAAUAUUUCCCCAGUAUGUCAACUUCUGGCUAUUAGUGAAAAACUUUUUAGUAGUCCUGAAGGAUAUCUUGUGCUAGAAUCCUGUGAAGGGCAGCUGAUUCCUUUGGCUGGGCAACUUUUGAUUCAUAUAAAAAAUAUUAUGUACAGCUCUGAUGUAGGAUUAUUAUCAAUUCAAAGGAGCCUUGAAGCAUUUUUAAUAGGAAUGACAACUACUCCUCUGGGAUUCAUGGCUGUUUCUGGAGUGGAAGGUCUUCUGAAAUGUAUAGUUGACUCGUAUGCAGAAAGUCCAAUUCUUGAAAAACGCACUAAUCCACAAUUUCAUCACUUAUUACAACUAUCAACACUGGUGCCAAACAUUAAAAUAAAUGUACAAAGGAAAAGCUUGAUGAAGUAUGCCUUGAAUCAGCUGUGGUCAUCCCUUGAUGCCAAAUCAGAAUGGAUGUGGAAAGAGGAGAAAAAACAUUUUCUAACAAAUGUAAUGAGCAUUUGUUCAUCCCCUUUGGUUGUUUUAGAGCUGUUGGAGGACUCAACUGAAGAUGAUGAUCUGAGUGAAAGCAGUACGCUUGUUGAAGAACUGGAGCCUUUGUCAUUGAAAGAACUCCUUCAGAGAGGGUUGCAGCCUUCUAGAGAUCCUAGUAAUUGUCAUGUGAAUGAAGUAGCUCUUGACAUUUUACACCCUCUUGCACAUAGUGCUGAAAUUGCUAUUGUGCUUGAAGAAAAAUUAAAGCUUACAGAAUCUAUUGAACGUAUACUGUCUGAAGCUAAAGUAAAGGAAUUUGCCAAUGAUUUGAAUAAGGAGCCAUCACCACGUAAAACACAUUACAUUACUGAUGAAAAUGCACGUUCAUGUAGUCAUUUAAUAACAAUUGUAAAUCAGCUCAGAGAUUUUUCCUCAUGCAAUCUGCUAACAUUUCCUCAAAGUCCCAGAAGCCCUAGAACCCAUGCUUACACAAGUCGCCCUCGAGUUCAAACUGAUUUACAGAGAUUUUUGCAAGACACUCGGCAUGGCCUACAUGAUAAUAUGUGGUUGUCACAUGCAAGACGUGCUUACCGAGCCUCAUCUCGUUCAGAAUUAAAGGUGCCAGUACUACUUGACCUUUUGGACCAGGUACUCCUAACACAGCCAUGUUCUGCAUCUUCAGAAUCUCAAUCCCGAUGGCCAACAAAUGCUGCACCACCCUCACUCUCUCCACAGAUGUUACAAGCUAUUGAAAUGAUAAUUAGGUAUGGUUGCCACAUGAAGGUUCUUGGUGCCAAUAUGGUAAACCAGCACACUGACCAACUUGCUCAACUUCUCUAUCAAGCUAAACUAUUUUUAGGCCUUCAAAAUUCAAUUGACUAUUUUGAUUGGUUUGUCUCUUCUGUAUUCCUCAUGUGUUCUGGUAACAUAGAUAAGAGUCGAAGUAUUUUGCAUAGAGUAGCAAUACUACCAACUGGUUCUUUCGUUUGGCCUAUGGUGUCUCCAAAUGCCACACAACCAACAGCAGCCAUCAGUCAUCACUUACAGAGCUUGCUGGCAGAAUAUGUUCCCAAGGCGUACAACUUUCUUCUUGAGAUGGGUAUUCCAUGGUGGCUAAUUGUACGAAGGCUAACCCAUCAGGCUUCCAUACCAGCGAUGCCUUUAUCUCAGCUUCCGCACAUGAUAGCGCUCUCUGCCUUACACUCAUGGGAGUAUUACAACUACAUGCACACAGCAAUUCUUGCCCAUAUUCAGCCAGCACUCCUAGAUUCUUCUCCACAGUCCUCUGCUCUAUCUCUUCUAACAGAUAUUAGGUUGGAUACUUUUAGUGUUGGAGAUUAUUUGCCAUUCAUGGACAAGAUAGCAAAACUAAACCGUCCACAACUUGUGAGAGAUCGUAUUGCCACAGCAACACUAUGAAGAAAAAAAAAAGAAAGUAGGGUACCAUUUACAUGAUAUGAUACUUGUUCACUCCUCGCAUAUGAGUCCAAUCCAAAGUGAUAAUGUUAUUGUAAAAACUUUGUCGCAUUUAUAAGGGUUUUUAAAACACAUUUUAUAAAAUAAAUAUAAC